AUGGCUUACCCUCCGAACAGUGCCGUCGUCAUCCGUCGAAGUCCGCAACACGGUAUUCAUAUCACCAAGCCCUGCUCGUCAGGCCCAUCAUUAUCUCCAUCAUCGCCUUCUCCUGGAACGUCCCAUCCGUGUUGCGCAGAGGCCCAUUGCAACAACAUGAUCGACGUUGUGCCACAUUACUUCGACGCUGGAAACUCUGGUAUAGACAGCAGGGUGUACAUAAAAGCCAGGUGCAAAGAGUGUGAGCCGCCUGUAACAGUGCCUACUCGGUGGGUGGGCCAAAGUAAGGCCAAGCAGGAAGAACAAAAGUGGGAUGAGGCGAGCAGUGAUGACUGGGCGGACGACUUUUGA